AUGGGUAUCUUGACUCUCAAGGAGGAUCGGCCUACGCCAAAGGCCGUCUACAACUGGCGCGUCUACGCAUGCGCCGCCAUUGCGUCAAUGGCUGCUUGUACGAUUGGUUAUGAUUCUGCUUUUAUCGGAACCACCCUGGCUUUGCCCUCGUUCGUUCAAGAGUUCGACUUUGAGAGCUACGAUCCUGCUGCUUUGGCUCUGACCAAACAGAACAUUGUUUCUGUCUACCAAGCCGGUGCCUUUUUCGGUUCCCUUUUCGCCUACGUCAGCAGUUACUUUCUCGGUCGUCGAUGGUCUCUUAUCAUAUUCUCUGCUGUCUUUAUGGUCGGAGCCGGUAUGAUGUUGGGUGCCAAUGGUGACCGGGGUCUCGGUCUUAUUAUCGGUGGUCGUGUCUUGGCCGGUAUCGGUGUCGGUGGAUGCUCCAACAUGACACCAAUUUACAUCUCUGAGCUGGCGCCUCCUGCUAUUCGUGGUCGCCUUGUCGGUCUCUACGAACUCGGCUGGCAGGCUGGUGGUCUUGUCGGUUUCUGGAUCAACUACGGAAUCAACCAGCACCUCCCUUACUCCCCUGGCCAAAACGAGAAUGUCUGGCUCAUUCCCUUUGCUGUUCAGCUCAUCCCUGCUGGUCUUCUCAUGGUCGGUGCCAUCUUUAUUCCCGAGUCACCUCGAUGGUUGUUCUCCAAGGGCAAGCGUGAGCAGGCUAUCAAGAACCUUUGCUGGAUGCGAAACCUCAGCCAAGACGAUGUUUACAUUGUUGAGGAGAUUAACUUUAUCGAUACCGAGAUCGACCGAUACCACAGUGCUGUUGGUGCCGGUUUCUGGAAGCCUUUUGCUUCUCUCAAGAACCGCAAGGUUCAGUGGCGCUUCCUCCUCGGUGGUCUCCUAUUUGUGUUCCAAAAUGGCUCCGGAAUCAACGCCAUCAACUACUACAGCCCUACCGUCUUCAAAUCGAUCGGCAUUACCGGAACAAACACCAGCUUCCUCACCACGGGUAUCUUUGGCGUCGUCAAGACUACUUUGACCUUUGUCUGGCUCAUGGUUCUUAUUGACCACAUGGGUCGACGAAAUCUUCUCAUGAUUGGUGCUGCCGGUGGUGCAUUCUCCAUGUACUUUAUUGGUGCAUACAUCAAGAUCGCCAACACCGAGUCCAAACUCGCCAGCGGACAAGAUGUUUCUCUCUCCUCUGGUGGUAUCGCAGCUGUCUUCUUCUUCUACCUCUACACUGCUUUCUACACCCCAUCAUGGAACGGUACACCUUGGGUUCUCAACUCUGAGAUGUUUGACCAAAACACUCGAUCUCUGGGUCAGGCCAACGCCGCUGCCAACAACUGGUUCUGGAACUUUAUCAUUGCCCGCUUCACUGAGCAAAUGUUCCGAGCUUGGGGCUUUGGUGUUUACAUCUUUUUCGCCUCUCUCAUGAUCCUCUCCAUCUUCUUUGUCUUUUUCUGCAUUCCCGAGACCAAGGGUGUGCCUCUGGAGGCUAUGGACAAGCUGUUUGCGACCAAGCCUAUCUGGAAGGCCAACAAGAUUGUCAUGGAGGAUUUGAGAUUGCAAGAGGAAGAGUUCCGACACAACGCUGAUGGCGUUGACAUGCGGGAGGAGAAGGCCAAGGCUGAACAGAUUGAGGGUGCGGCUUAG